UCCGUAGUGUAGUGGUUAUCACGUUCGCCUCACACGCGAAAGGUCCCCGGUUCGAAACCGGGCGGAAACAGCCGGUGGUCUCUUUUCUUUUUCCCCACGCUCGGAAUGAAAUUCCUAAAAAACGAUUUCGCUUAAUUUUUUAAAUUUCACGCCCUCACAAACACCUGCACCCUCCUCCUGCCUGCACGCCCGGGGCUGUGGUGCUGACGCGGGUGCGGAGUCGGGCCGGCGCAGGAGGGGAGACGCGGCCCGGGCCCCGGAAGCGCAUCCCCAGCUCGCGGCCUUCCUGCCCGCGGAUCUCCGGCCGCCCACCCGCGAGGGGACGGCCUGGACACUCGGUACAGCAUCUAGCCAGUGGCCUGUUUGCCUUGAACUUAUCUUUAUUGUCACCUGCUGUGCUUUAAUGAUCGUGGCCCCUGUUGAGAAGGGAAUCUAACAUAAAGAACACCGACCGAACCAAGAACAGGCUGUGAGCAUUUCCACACCAGGAAUGGGUGGCAAACACGUUUGGAGUAAGAUGGACGGAGAAUGGCACACAGUGCUGUGAAGCAAAAGCUCACUCUGUGAAUUGUGAUAAAGAAGACACCUACUAAGAAGGGCCCCGGCGGCAAACUGAGCUAAAAUUGUAAGCAAAAGAAAGAAGGAAGAAAAAAAAAGGAAAAAGAGGAAAGGGAAAGGAAAGAAAAAAAGGAAAGAACCUAGCAGCCAUUUCCGCACAGGCGCAGUGUGAGGAAGACAGAAGAACCCCCUGGACUAGCAGAGCCACCGGCGCAGCGCUGCAGCCGCCAUGCCCAAGAGAAAGGCAAAAGGAGACGCCAAAGGUGACAAAGUGAAAGUGAAGGAUGAGCCGCAGAGAAGGUCGGCUCGGCUGUCUGCUAAGCCUGCUCCUCCAAAACCAGAGCCCAGGCCUAAAAAGGCCCCUGCACAGAAGGGGGAGAAGCUGCCCAAAGGAAAAAAGGGGAAAGCAGGUGGUGGCAAGGAUGGUGACAACCCUGGGAGAAGCCGAGAUGCCGCCGCAUCCCAGUCACAGAGAGCAGAAGGCACCGGGGACAAGUGAAGCGGACGUUUUAAAUAGUUCUGUACUUCUAAUGACUCCACCGUCUGAAAUGCUAUUUUUAAAAUCUGUUUUAUUAAAAUGUAGGGUUUUUUUAAAUUACGCUGUUAGCACACAAGACACUGUGGCUGUCUCUUGUGGAUAGGGCAAAUGCCACUAAUAGAGUGUUUAGGAGCUCGAUUGAAAUGGGGGAAGUAGGAUUUUCUGUCCUUGCUUUUGAAGGUUUUUCUUGGUUCCAUGCACAUGUCAGCCACUUUUGCUCAAAAGCCUCGCACUGCGGGGAAGUCAGACGUCCUGUCUUCUUUCCCAGUGCCAUCGGCAUGGACCUGGUGUCCUGAAACGAGACCCGUGAAGUGGCCGUGGCACCCCUGCAACUGGCGGUGUGGGGUCGCAUGUCCAGGAUUUCUGGCAGGACAUCGAGAUGGUGUUGCUCAGAAGAUCCAAGAUUUCUGUCUGGUUUGUGGAUCCUGCAGAUUUCAGGUGUUUUGUCUAGGUCAGAGCUGACCUGUGAAAAUCUGCUAUGUGCCUCAUACAAAAUGUCUGUCCCUUCCGAAACGUUUCCUGUUCAAAGCAGCAACAGAAGAGGUCGUUGACUUUUGAGGAAGGGAUUUUGGAAGUUGUAAAAUUUUAUAAAUUGUUACUCAGAUUUUGCUGGAAGUAACUUUUUGUUUUUUUAAGUAUAUGAAAAAGUUGGAUACAAAUUGGCAAUGGGAGGGGAUCAUUUCCUACCCAAACGCAUAUUUCUUACAGCCUGUGAAGGUUGUAUAGUUUUUUCACAUUUACCUUGCGUCUUUCCUGAACUGAUUUUUGUGAAAUGUAUGAGAUAGAAGUUCAGCAUCGUAUUUUUUCCGUAUGGAUGUGUUUGUCCCGGUACCAUUUUUUGAAAAGUUUAUCCAUCCCUCACUGAUUUGUAGCACUGGCUCUUUCAUAAAUCAAGUUUCUGGGGGGGGUGGGGGGGUUCUAUUCUGACUCAUGAUGCAGGCACUUUGCCUAACCCCUGGCAGUGCUACAGUCCUGGGUACUACAAGUUUAGAAACUGACCUUGAUAUCUCAGGACAAAUCCAACUUCCAUCCCCUACACCUCCACCAAAGUUUUCUUCCUCAGGACUAUUUGGCCAUGCUUAGCUAGACUGACAAGUUGUUAAUCAAACCAAACAAGAAAGUGUUGGAAUUUUAUUGGGUUUGUACUGAAUUUAUAGAUUGCAAUGUUGAGUCUUUCAAUCUAUGAACCCAUUUAUUUAAGAUCUUUAACUUCUUUCAAUAAAGUUUUAUAAUUUUCUCCA